CUUCAUUUCAUUUGCCAACAAUAUGUCAACAUUUUAACAUAAAUUUCUCGUAACAUGUAAACGUAAUAAUAUUUAAAAUAUGAUUUAUUUACGGCGAAAUGAACCAAAAUCAACGUAAAAACGUUCGGAGCGCUUUUAAAAAUUAUAAUACCAAUAGCGCACUAAAGGAAAAUUCAAAGAAAGAUGAUAUUGAAGAAGUUCUACCUCCUAAAAGCAGGAGAAAUCUAAUUAAAACUGACAAACUUAUGACCAAUAGAUGUUGUUAUGUGACUCCUGAUUAUAAGGAUGUAGAACAGUCAACAGAAUAUUCUGGAGUUGAUGAUCAAUUUAAUAAUUUAAUUCUGCAACAAUACGAUUUUGAUCCGACAAUUCCUGACACCAUCAAGCAAAUAAAGGAGUUAAAGAAAGUGCUUUGUGGUGUAACAAAUAAGGUUGAAAAUUGCUCGCAGUACGUCAGUCAGAGGCCAUGGAGCCCCUCAUACGUGGUAACAGCUGAUGGAUCUCAAUGGCAAAGCUUAGACAACGUUGAUGAUGUUGAACAAUAUCUUAGCGCUGAGAAAGCUAAGACACUAAGUGGCCCGACAAAAGCUAAUACUAGUGAAAACAUUUAUAUAUCUGAAAUACCCCAAGUAAAAGUGAUUAUUGAGAAGUUUUCAAAAUUUAAGAAGAAUAAUGUUGAACUCCGAAAACUAGAAGAAAAGAUUGUGUGCAUAGAAUACGACGUAUUUGAAACAUGUAAAACGGAAAAUAAACUAAAAGCUCCGAAACAAGUAUUGAGAGCUUACUUCUCUGUAAAGCCAAAAACCGAUAAAGAUAAAGAUGUUCCAGUAUCAAUAAUACCGUCUUCUGUUAAACGUAACUUCAACGUAACUAAUGAAGAUUUAGGGAAACUAGACGAAAAGGAAAUAGAGAUUAUAGAUGGUAUGAUAGUUGAAAAUAAGCCGUAUUUAGAUGAUUUAAAAAAAGUCCUUAAAAGAAAACAAGCAUUAUGUGCUCGGAAGGUAAAAACCUCUUUAGAUUUAAUGGCGUUAUAUGCAAUGGCAAAAAUGGAAGGUCCUGGUUUAGAAAAUUUUACAGACAAAAAUCUUUUAUCCAAAGUGGAAUUAGAAGAAAUAAAAAAUUUGGUAGCGAAUAAAUGCGCAACAAGCAAACAUGGAAUCAAUAGACGAACUCUAAAAAGCGAAAACGAGACGAAAGAAACGAAACCAAUUGAAUGCGUUAGCGACGUUUCGAAGAGUAUUUUCGCAGAGUUGACAAAAAGUGAUGACUAUUCCAUAAAUAAAAAAUAA